CAUGCCAUUGCCUACAUCACAUCAAUUCCUGGUACUCACCUACAAGACUAUGUGCAUGAGUACUACUCAAUUGAGAAAUUCAAAGUUGCAUACAAGGGUUCUAUCCCUAGUAUUCCAGAUAAAUCCAUGUGGCCCAAAGCCACACAUGGCUUCUUCAUGCAUCCUCCAUUGCUUAAGUCAACUGCUGGAGGAAGGAGAAAGAAUAGAAUGAAAUCAGCUAUGGAGGGAGGUAAUAGCAGAAAGAAGAAACAUAGGUGCCCAAUAUGCCAGGAGUUAGGGCACCAUUGGUACAUUUGUAAGAAUGGGAAUCCAGAAGACAUAGCUGCAAUGGAGGCUGUGAGGGGUCCACCAAAGAAAAAGCUCAAGAAAGCAUUCACUUGUAGCACAGAGACUAGCAUUGUUGUGCCCACUCCUGCAUUAGGGAUGGUCUUCCCACACAAUGAGGUAGUGGCCAAUGCUACACACAAGAAAAGAAAGAGAACAUCAUCUACAAAAGCAGGUGUCACAAAAAGAAAAGGGACAGCAACCAGUACUUCGACAAGCACUGCCGAUACUAGGUCUACCAGAUCUGGAACUGGAUCCAAUGACCCUCUUCCUCUCCAAGUUUUGCAACCUGUGCCUCUUCUUCAAGACACCGGGUGCCCUGAAGCCACAGAACAUACAGUGCAGACACCAAGGAAGAAGUGUGCCAUCAAGAAAAAAACUUACACCAAAGAGGGCUCUUGCAGUUGUGGCAGCCAGCCUGUCCAACCCCGCUUCAAAUACUAGAAGCAAGAAGCAACUCCAGCUUGAAUAAAGUGUGAUUCCAAAGUGUUAUUUUGGCUGCAGCAUUUGUUUGUCAUGAAGCAUCAGUUUCUUUUGGCAUGGCCGUACUUAUGAUCUGGAGAACUAUUUCUUUUGUUGUGAUGUUUCAUGCCACGUUUAUGUAAUUUAGGGCACUUUUUGUUUGCAAUUCUACUAUUUAUGUUGGUGAAUUGAACAAGUACUUGUUGCUGUGAAUUUGUUGCUCUAAUUGUAGAAUGAAAAAUGGUGUAUGCCUCA